AAGACCAAAGCAAGAGUCACAGACUCUUCGUCUUCUACCUUCCCUCUUUUUUCAUUUUAUUCUCCACCAAAACCAAAGUAUUAUUCUUCUCACUUUCCACAAACUUUUCCAGUGAAUUUUAUUUUUUCAACAAUGGCAGCUCCAAUCACACUUUUCUUUUUCCUUUUCUUAGUCUUCUCUAUUUCAAUCUCUGCACUUAACGUUGGUGUUCAGCUUACACAUCCCACCAUUUCCCUGAGCAAAGAAUGUAGCCGGAAAUGUGAAUCGGAGUUUUGUUCAGUGCCACCACUUUUGAGGUAUGGGAAGUACUGUGGACUAUUGUAUAGUGGAUGUUUUGGAGAGAGACCAUGUGAUGGUCUUGAUUCGUGUUGCAUGAAGCAUGAUGCUUGUGUUCAAUCGAAAAAUAAUGAUUAUCUAAGCCAAGAGUGUAGUCAGAAACUCUUGAAUUGUAUGAACAAUUUUAGCAAGACUAAGCAACCGACGUUCAAUGGUAACAAAUGUGACAGCGAUGAUGUCAUUGAUGUCAUCUCUAUUGUCAUGAAGGCUGCUCUAAUCGCUGGCAGAGUAUUGCAGAAACCCUAAAUAUAAUUUUCAUAAAAAUAUUUUGUGUUAUUUGUUUUCUUUUUACCUUUAGGAUAUUUGUUUUCAUUUAUCUAUUUAUGCAAAACAAAUGAAUAUCAAUUGACAGUUCUUUCGAUCAUUUUUUAUGAUUUUGUUUUCAAAAAUAUUUGUUAAAAGUUUUUCAUUAAUUACUGAUAUAUUUUUAAUGAUUGAUUGAUGUUUUAACUUAAACAUUCCCAAGGAUUAUGUAAUUCUGAGAAAGUA